CGCAGCACAGUGGAGAUGUGGCCUGAUAUUAUUCAAAAGGCAAAGGAUGGUGGACUUGAUGCAAUAGAAUCAUACGUCUUCUGGGAUCGCCAUGAACCUCAGCGUCGCAAGUAUGAUUUCUCAGGAAAUCUAGACUUUGUCAAGUUCUUCAAGCUGGUUCAAGAUGCUGGACUCUAUGCCGUUCUACGUAUUGGUCCUUACGUAUGUGCGGAAUGGACCUAUGGGGGCUUCCCUUUGUGGUUACACAACUUGCCGGGUGUUCAGUUGAGGACAGAUAAUGAGGUGUACAAGAAUGAAAUGCAAACAUUCACAACCAAGAUAGUGAACAUGUGCAAAGAAGCAAACUUGUUUGCUUCACAAGGGGGACCAAUCAUCAUUGCACAGAUUGAAAACGAGUAUGGGAACAUCAUGGGUCCUUAUGGAGCAGCAGGGAAAUCCUACAUUCAAUGGUGUGCUAAAAUGGCCGUAUCCCAAAACAUUGGCGUCCCCUGGAUUAUGUGCCAACAAUCAGAUGCUCCACAACCCAUGAUCAAUACUUGCAAUGGUUUUUAUUGUGAUAAUUUUACACCAAACAAUCCUAAGAGUCCAAAAGUGUUCACUGAGAAUUGGACUGGAUGGUUCAAGAAUUGGGGUGGCAAACACCCUUUCAGAACUGCUGAAGAUGUGGCAUUCUCAGUUGCACGAUUUUUCCAAACCGGUGGAGUUUUCAACAACUAUUAUAUGUACCAUGGAGGAACCAACUUUGGACGCACAGCUGGAGGUCCAUACAUCACAACUUCUUAUGAUUACAAUGCCCCACUUGAUGAAUAUGGGAAUUUCAAUCAACCUAAAUGGGGGCAUCUCAAGGAUCUCCAUGCUGCCCUCAAAUUGGGAGAAAAGAUUCUUACUACUGGCAAUAGGACUUCCAAGCAAUAUGGCAACAACGUUUAUCUGACCACAUACACAAACGCUAACGAUGGGAACAGAUUCUGUUUCUUGAGCAAUUCAGAUGGUUCACAUGAUGCCAAUGUUGACUUGCAACAAGAUGGCAAGUACUUUGUGCCUGCUUGGUCUGUCAGCAUUCUUGAAAACUGUAACAAGGAAGUGUACAACACUGCAAAGGUUAAUGCCCAAACAUCAGUUAUGGUUAAGAAACAAGUUGGUGGCAGCCGUCAUCAUAAACGGCUCUCUUGGGUGUGGGCACCAGAGGCAAUAAAAGACACACUAACUGGAAAAGGUAGAUUCAAAGCAGAUCUACUCCUUGAUCAAAAGCAAACAACAGCUGAUUCUAGUGACUAUUUGUGGUACAUGACUAGUGUUAACAUGAAUGGAAAAUCAUCUUCUUUGGAGAAUGUGACUUUGCGUGUAAGAACCCAAGGUCAUGUUCUUCAUGCUUUUGUUAAUCGAAAGUUCGUUGGUUCUCAAUGGGGCACAAAUGGUAAAUACAGUUUUGUGUUGGAGAAACCUGUAUCUCUAAAGCCCGGGACUAACAUUAUAACUCUACUUAGUGCCACAGUUGGAUUGGCAAAUUAUGGUUCCUUCUUUGAUCUUGUGCCGGUUGGUAUAGUGGGGGGUCCUAUUGAAUUGAUUGGAGCCAAUUCUACUUGGAAUAUAUCAACCAACCAAUGGUCUUACAAGGUAGGAUUGAAUGGUGAGGCCAACCAACUAUACAAUCCAAAUAGGGCCCAUCUGAGGAGGUGGAAAGCUACUCAAAAUGUUCCUGUAGGGAGACUUAUGACAUGGUAUAAAACCACUUUCAAAACUCCUUCUGGUACAGAUCCUGUGGUGGUGGACUUACAAGGUAUGGGCAAAGGUCAGGCUUGGGUGAAUGGAAAAAGCAUUGGACGCUAUUGGCCUUCAUUCAAUGCUGAUACCAAUGGAUGCAGUGAUUCAUGUGAUUACCGUGGAGGGUACUUUUCUGAAAAAUGUGUGACAAAUUGUGGCAAUCCAACCCAAAGGUGGUACCAUGUGCCAAGAUCAUUCCUCAAGAAUGACGGAAACACAUUGAUUUUGUUUGAAGAAUUCGGUGGAAAUCCUCUGAAUGUGUCUUUCCAAACAGUCACGGUUGGAACAGUGUGUGGAAACGCAUAUGAGGGCCACGAAUUGGAUCUUUCAUGCCAAGGUGGGCAAACCAUCUCAGAAAUCAAAUUUGCAAGUUAUGGGGACCCUCAAGGAAAGUGUGGUUCAUUCAAGAAAGGUUCUUGGGAGGCUAGCAGUAGUUUCUCUGUGGUGGAAAAUGCAUGCAUUGGGAGGGAAAGUUGUUCUGUCUCUGUGUCAUCUGCAACAUUCGGAACAUCCAACCUUGGCAGUGUCAAUGGAAGAUUGGCAGUGGAAGCUGUCUGCUAAGUUAAUUAACUUCACCCAUCUAUUGUAUUUCUCUAAUUUUAUCGGGCUAUGUUUGUUUCGCACACUGUGUUUUAAUAAACUGAAAA